AUGUGUCUGACUAUCUUUAUCUAUGCAUCUUUCGUCGCCUCACCUCACAAUAUUCUAUCAUUCGCUCUACCAUCUCAAGCAACUGUCAUACCUACCACCACUACAACUACCAUCUCGUCAUCAACAUCGACAUCAACAUCGACGUCGCCAUCGACGUCUAAGAAGCCGACUUGCAUUCCAUUUACUAUACCAGACUCUCGACCUUUCUUCGACCAAGAACAGUCUCAACUAAAUCUACCACCGAAACUACCAAACUCGUCCUAUGAACAAGUAGUUCAACAGCUGCGAUCUCUUCGACUGAUCGUCGUCGGAUGUGCUCGUAAUGUCGGGGCAAAUGUCGAUAACUAUCGAACUCACGUAGACCAGAUCGUCGAUCUUUUUCACCCAUCAUCUCGUGUCUUGAUAUUCGAAAGCGAUUCCACGGAUAACACAGUUGUGAAACUGCAGAACUGGACAAGAGCAGAAGUGUUCUCACAAGGAAAACUAGUUCCACAAAUUGCAUCUCGUACCGAUCGCCUCGCUCUCUGUCGCAAUACACUCCUGACAAAAGCAUACAACUACACGCCUGAUUACAUCUUGGCUACAGACGUCGACAUGUUUUCGACUACUGUUCCUUCGUUUCUGUCGAACUUCUAUUACAACAGAGAUGACUGGUCAGUGAUGACUGCAUCAAUCACUGGUGGAUAUUAUGACAUAUGGGCGUUGAGAACACUAUCGGAUAACGUGAUGAACUAUGAUGUCUGGCAUCGCAUAUGGCAUUUACAUAAUAAUAGGAAGAAAUAUUGUAAUAACGACUUCGUUGAUCUCAUCAUUCUGAUCCACAAAAAGCAGAUUCCCGUUGAACGCGAUCUGAUAGAAGUACGCUCUGCUUUUGGCGGUGCUGGCCUGUACAAAGUGAAUUCGACAUAUGGGUGCAGAUAUGACGGUAGUAGGACAACUUGUGAACAUGUUCCGUUUCAUCUGUGUAUGCGAGAGAAGAAUCGAGCGAGAAUAUUUAUUAAUCCGAGGUUUUUACUUCGUUAA